CUUAAAUUAUAUUGAAAAAUGAGUUAUCCAAAUAUUUAAGAGUUUUUGGAUGAUUUUGAGAAGGAGAAUGAAUUACUUGGGAGAGGGACUUAUGGUGAGGUUUAUAAAAUGAAAACAAAAAGAUGCAUAAAUCGUGAUUUAGAAAAGCAUUAACAAUAGCAAGGACAAGAAAAAUUUAAUGGAUAGUUUUAUGCAGUGAAGAUGAUGGAUGCUAAAACAGAAAAAUCAUUUACAACAAUAUAAAAAGAAUUUCUUAUAUUAAAAAGUCUGCCAAAAUAACAUCCAAACAUAGUUAAACUUUAUAAAGUAUGAUGUAAUGAAAUUUAUAGAGUUAUGCAUGGGCGAAUCAGAUUACAAAAACAUAUACAUUAGUUUUAGUGAUGGAGUUGGCAGAGAAAAGUUUGAUGAAAGAUAUUGAAGAGAGAAUAUAAGCAAAGAAAUAGUUUUCAGAUGAUUAGUUGCAUCAUAUAUUUUUGUAAUGCAUUUAAACUUUAAAUGACAUAAAAGUGCAUUCAAAUAUUUUUCAUAGGUAGUUGAUUAAUAAAAAAUAGAGAUAUAAAGCCUGAAAAUAUCCUUUUAAAUAAAGAAUAGCAAAUAAUAAUAACUGAUUUUGGAGUAUCUCGAAAAUUAAUGAAAGAGAAAUUGCCAACAAUAAAUGGAACAUUAGUUGGAACUCCAGCUUAUUUGUCUCCAAUUUUAUGGAAGGCUUUUGAAGAAGGACAGUUUUAGAUAUCUAAAAUAAAUAAAAUAACUCAUAAUGUAGAAAAAUCAGAUGUAUAUUCAUUGGGUGUAACAUUGUUAUAGACGACAUUAUUGUUAAAUUAAGAGAUUUAGAAAUUAAAUUCUGUAAUUUUACAUAUUUGAUUCAGGGAGAAUAAGGAGAAUAAACAACAAGAGAAUUAUUGAGAAAUGUUUAAAAUUAAAGGAUUUAGUUUAUUUUAAAAAGAAUGUUGGAACAUGAUGAAAAAUAAAGAGCUUGUUAUAGUGAAUUAUUAUAUUAAUUGAAUGAAACAAUACCUAAAUAAGUAGUUUAGAUUAAGAAACCCAUAUUUUCAUAUGUAGAACCAAAGAUGGGAAUAAAGGAAUAGUUUAGUUUGUAGGCAAAGAUGAAAUCGGAAAAUAAAUAAGAGUUAAAAUAGAAUUAAUAAAGUCCAAAAUUAUUAGAUGGGUAAAGGGAUAUGGAAACUGUCAGUCAAAUUGAAUAAGAGUAAAUAGAAAAUAAAAAAAUAGAAUAAUGA